UCCCAAUUCUCAUCCCACACUAAUCCAAGAAGCCAGCGCUGCAUUGCACAUUUGCACUUGCAUCGCACCCAGCCUUCUUCACGCCAUGUUCGAUGCCGUGUCCGUCCUCCUCUCCUCCCUUGCUCGGCGGCCGGUGCCCCGUCGCCGCGGAAAGAGUAUCACGUCCUCUGCUUUCAUAACCAGACGGCCAUUCUUCCCCUGCGGCGCUGGCCAUCGCGACGUCAGUGCCAGCCCCUUCGCCAAGCCCAGGACGCUGAGGAGGCUGAAGCCCAGAAGGAUCGGCGAGCGGAAGGGCGGGCGAGACGACGGCAACGGCGACCUCCUGGACGGCGACGAGCCGUGCGUGUGGCGGCGGACAAUACUGCUGGGCCGGAGGUGCCAGCCGCUGGAGUUCACCGGGGCCAUACACUACGACAGCGAGGGGCAGCGGCUGUGGCAGCCCCGCACGACGCCGCUGCUGACGAGCCCCAUCCAUUCUUCCGAGCUCGGCUACAUGGAUCGCGCAUAAGUGGAUCGACACCUUGCCACACCUACUACGCGAUGAGAAAACAGAUGGAUGACGAAGUUCUCCGUUCGUGACUUCAUUUUUUACCCUUCUGUUCUAGAAUUUGGGCGAGGCCGUUUCUGUAUCUGCUCGUCCUGUGUGAUCGAAUCCAUCUUGUUCUGUUCUCGUGGAACAAAGAAAUCGGCAUUUUUUAGUCAAAGGUAAUCUAAGAAAUUUAUCACUCUCAUCAUGUAUCGUGUAAGAUUUUGGUAGAUGGGUGAUGAAUCCGUUUCCAAAACAAAAGAUUUGGUAGAUGAGAAGUUGUUCAACUAUUUGCCACUCACGUUUUGGACGCAUGCA